ACAUUUGGCAGCGAGCGCUUUCAUGAAUGGUUUUUGACCAAAAAACGGAAAAAAAUAUGUCCUAAAAUCCAUUCCCAUGCUCGCUUUGAAUAACAAGCCUUGACUGACGAGACUUUUUGAGUCUAAACAACGUGUUUUGAAUAUAUUGGAACGGUGUUUUGUCUUAAGAACAAAGAAAUAUGAACAUGGAGAAGAGCUUUCAUUUUAAGAUUGUUUUACUUGGAGCCUUUAUUAUCUUAUUAACUUUACAGAUGUGUGAAACAAAACAUAUAAGAAAAUCGACGAAAAAAGUAAAGAAAGAGGAAAUACCCGUACAGCUUUCAGUCGACGGGAACAAAUUUACAAGCGUCGGAUGUUUUCGUGAUGCCUGGAAUCGGGUUAUCCCAGCCCUAGAAGGCGAGCAUCAACUUUUAAUGGAGCCAAACUACAAAGCAAGAAAGUUUGCUUUAUUGAAGUGYGCACGCGCAGCUAUGGACAAACAUUUGAAAGUAUUUGGCAUUGAGAAUGGUGGACAGUGCUUUGGUGCCGAGGAUGAACGCAGUCUGAACAAAUAUGGGACAGCUGUCGAAUGCAGGCGGGAUGGUAAAGGUGGGCCAUGGAGCUUACAGGCUUACAAAUUCACAACACUUCCGAUAAAUGGCGGCUUCAGUCCAUGGUCACGAUGGACCACGUGCAGUAAGACAUGUGACCAUGGAGUAAGACGGCGUAUGCGUACCUGCUCCAAUCCUCCUCCGUCAAAUGGUGGUAAAGACUGCAGUGGAUUGGGACCUAGUGUAGAAGGGGAGAUAUGUAAAGACAAGGAAUGUCCAACUGUUCUCAUUGACGAAGCAGAGUCAGGAAACACCGCUCGACCAWSCAGACUUUCAACCACGCCUUCGGCACCUACAGCAGAGCAAUCGGGACAAUCGGACAAACCAAAACCCUCUACUAGCGAGAAUAAACCACCUGUCAUUAAAGAAGGUAGCCUGAUUGUUCUACCUAAAGCUGCUGAGAACCGUCAGGGCUCUGAUAGUCAGCCUGAUACACAAGCUUCUAAAGAGGAUCCACACAAAGAUAGUUCUUCUGUACCAAAUGAAAAACCAAGGGAACCCUCUGUCGAUACACCGAAAAUGCAGAGCGAAGCAAUGCCAAUUCCAAAAGAGGGRAGUGACAAUGGACAGCGUAUUGAGAAAGGAAAGGCAACAGAUUCAAAGAUGCAAGAAGGAGAUUCUGCAAAGCCCAGCAGUGCACAAAGUGACAGUGUAGGAUUUGGCCCUCAGGAAGCUAGUCAUCAUGUCCACCCUGCAGGCUCUGAGCCUUUUCAAUUUAUUGAUGAACCUGAAGAUCAGCGAAAUCCUUACGUCGUGCCAUCAAUGCACCAAUCAGAAAGCCUCAAAUCUCACGAACAAUUAAGCUUACCUGAAAAUCCUCAAGAUAUCGAUCCAAGUGUUGCACAGGAAACUUACAAUGGCGAGCCUGCGGUAUCAGGUAAUGCUGUUCAACCGAACACACCCAUGGGGCCGAUGGCRGAGAUGAAUCAUAUGAACAGAAAUUUUAACCCUAGCGAACCUCAGCAAACUGAACAAUCACCUUCUCACAGCGAAGAAUGCUUUUGUCCUAAGAAAGUGUGCGAUGCCAAGGCGGAUAUAGCUUUCCUUGUUGAUGGCUCAUCUGAUAUUCCACAAGUCUAUUUCACGCAUGUSCUCGACUUUAUGAAAGCAUUAACAAGAGGAUUCAGCUCAAAGGACACACAGGUAAAUCUGGUUGCCUAUGGUGAUGACGCUGCUUCAGCUUUCAACAAUUUCAGUCCAGUACAAAACCUACACGAGAUCGAUGACAGCAUUGACUCAAUGACUUACAUGGGAGGUGAUCCCCGGACCGGUAACGCUCUAACAAAAGUCCAGAAUGGUCUUUUUAAGACUUUUGGUCGGACAGAUGCAAARCAUGCCUUGAUUCUUUUGACCAGCGGYAGCUCAUCUGACGAUACAAUUCAAGCAGCUGAGGAUUUGAGGAAGUCGGGAAUAAAGUUGACUACCAUUGGCCUUGGUAAAUUGGCAAACGUCAAGGAACUGAUUGACAUUUCUUCAGAGCCAAAGUCCAGUCACGUCUUUACAGCAUUCCUGGACACUUUACCAGACAUAAUGGACGACAUUGUCAAAGGAGUUUGUUCAGAUAUCGAUGGGAAACUUUAUAACAAAGACAAGCAGUGUAUAUGUGGGGCGAAUAAAGUAAAAAAUUCAAAAGACAAAUCUACUGAUGUUCUCUCAGAACUCGGAAAGUCAAAGGAAGGCAAAGAAGAACCUCCUAAYGGACCUAGAGAGGGGUCUGAUGAUAAGACUCUACAAAAUAAAACAAGAACUGAUGCGAAAUCUAGCAAUAAUGGCGACGAAAACGCUGUUCCCAGUGGUGAUGGUGGGAAAGAUAAUGGUGGGCAUAAGGUUGAUCACAAAGGUGAAAAUAACGGUGAAGCCAUUGGAUCAACAACCCAUGUGAGUCCCCAGUCAUCAGAGCCAAAUAGAGAAACAGUCAAAAUAGACUCAAAAGAUGAACGAAAAGAAAAUAGCUCUACAGYUGUUGAAAAUAAAGAGCAGAAUAAGCAGACUGGCCAAAGUCUCCAAGAAAGACCUUCCCAACCURAUCGCGAAGGGUCAGGUUCAUCUCCAAAAGAAAAUCCCAAAACUGAUAUGAGCGAGAGGAUUAAGACUGAUGAGAAGGUUGACCUACCUGAACCUCAAGGUACAAGAAAUGAAAAGGCRGUCCCUAAAAAGGAUAGCAAUGCCGAUAACUCAAUAAAUAUUAAUAAUCAGGGSCCAUCAGGUGAGCAAAAUGGACCAAUAGAAAUUCCGGCUGCRUUAGAGCAAAUAAAAACAUCAAAUGAAAAUAUGAAGACUCAAAGUGAGCCUCCUGAAACAGACUCAGGUACACCACAGAUAACAAUAUUAGACAAUGGUUAUUCGAAACUCAUGAAGUCAAGAGAACAAUCUUCAAGAGGUCGUCAGAAUAAUCCUGGUAACUCAAACCCGCAAGGAGGUGUGGCUCGACCAUCGGAAGACAAUCGUCCAACUCAAGAGCCAACACCAAAUAGAAUUGAGAGCAAAGAAUCUAAACCACAAGAAAAAGUUAUGGAAGCAACUGAGAGUUCUUUUCCUCCCAAAGUUAAACCUAGCGAAAAACARCAACAACAAGAGUCACAAGGCAAACCGUCAGAGGAUUCUAAAGAUAAAACAACAUCRUCACAAGUAGAAAUUCCUAAUCCCACGUCAAAGACACCACCUAAACAAGAAGAGAAAAGUAGAGCAAAUGAGCAAGAACAGAAAGGAAAGGACUCUGAACAGCACCCACCUCAAAUGACUCGACAUCCCGAUGGCACUUUUAUGGCCGGUCAAGCUGAAGGAAGCAGGAUAUCGGGAAUCAAGGAAACUAUCGUAUCAAAAGGUUGCAGUGUUAAUCUAGGCGUGGUACUUGACAGCAAGACAACUGCUUAUGGCGAAGACGACAACGCUAAGAAACUGCUGUUUUUCGCCAAGAAAUUGACUCACAUGUUUCCAGUCUCCCCUGAAGGCAACCGAGUGGGUAUGAUGGUAUAUAGUGGGUCACCAAAGCUKAAGGUUGUACAUUUUGAUCAUUCGUUGGACCCCAAUACUAUGGACAAAGCUAUUGACAGUGCAAGCUACCUAAAUAUGGAAAUAAAAACAGGUAAAGUAUUAAACUUUGCGCAAGAGCAUCUUUUCUCAAGAAUCCCAUCUGGCAAACAGAAUGUAUUGCUUCUCAUAACCGAUGGAGUAUCCUAUGACGACGUCACAUCACCUGCUAAUGAACUCAAACGUCGUGGAGUAGAGAUCUUUGUAGUUGGUGUCGGAGAGGGUGUGAUUGGUAAAGAACUGGAAGCCAUUGCUUCUGAACCUGCUUCUGAUCACGUGGUGAAAACAUCAUAUGACUUUAAACAAUCGUUGCUUGAAGAUAUCAAGCAAAGAAUUUGCUCAUCUGCAAGCAAAAAAGGACAAGAUUGCACGUUAUAUGCAUGUCGAAAUAACAUACCAUUGAGCAGMCAGCAUGCAGAACUCAAACGACAAAACUUUUUUGUACCAAGUAGUGAUGAUGCAUACYUACCAAGACGACGUGGUCGCUUAUAUCGUGUGCUGACCGAAAUUGAACGCAGGCGCAAGUAAAGUGAAGGACGCCCACGUGGCCUGUUCAAGCRAUUGUAAAACUAUUUGUAAUAUUUAAGAUAAAGAUUAUUAUAUCUGCAUACUGAUUGAAAUAUUGACAUGUUAGGGAUUAACAAAAUAGUAGCUGAGAUUUGGUGUAUUUAUUUAUGAACAUUAUUCGAGUCGAAUUUAGUGUCGUCGUCAUUUAUUGUCAUCGUUAUCAACUCUUGGAGUUUCAGGUUACUCUGGAAAUUUGUGMAGAGCGAUUGUCGUGYGAUCAUUAGCUACAUCGUGUUUAUCUUUCAAGAUAUAGCAUGGAAAUGUGUGUGAAACAACACAACAACAGGAUCUGAAUUUCGCGACUAGCAAUGGAUUGUGACCAACAAUUGCACUGCAAAAACUGCUGGUAUUUCGUGACAAAAUAAUUAUUGUUAGGAAYGCCAAACUCUGUGCAAAUGAACUGGUGUUGGAAGAUGACCWGUUGGUGUAAUCAAGGUUAAUCGUACCAUAUAAAUAGUUUGUAUCUGGUGUGGCACAUUUUAAUACGAUGUCACAAAAUACAAAAUAAAUCAUGUUAUCGAGAAUCAAAGAUUUGAAUCCUUGAAUGAAUCUAUAGGGACUAUCUAUAGGGACUAUCUAUAGGUACUAUCUAUAGGUACUAUCUAUAGGGACUAUCUAUAGGGACUAUCUAUAGGGACUAUCUAUAGGGACUAUCUUUUAUUUUGUGUUGUGUAAUUUUUAGUCUAGCUCCUAACGUGCGACUGUUAUUAUAAUAAACGUGAUGAAGACUAGAUCAAUGCUGCAAUUCAUCACUCAAUUUAAUUUACGAUUCAUCAUCAGUAAUAUUGAUUCAGAUGACGCUCUAUUGCAAGUAUACAUAUCUUAUAAUAUCAUGAUUUUUACAGAGUUUCGUGUAGUAUAAAAUUGAAAUAUAAAAGGAAUGCAGAAAAUAAAAAUUACAAUUUUGACUCUU